CUCACUGCAGUUCCCCACCCGUCCACCCCCAAAAAUCCUCGCUCACAAACCCAGCUGUCAGGGCCAGCCCUUUGGUAAGUGACUGAUAGGGUUGAGGCACCACCUAGUGGCGUAAACUGAAAAUACCCCCCAAAGGCUGUCCCUGGAGAACCCCAGGCAAAGAGGGCAACGGCGAUCUGGCGAUCUGUCCGAGGCAGGAAAAGGGAACUGGAAAGCAAAAACUGCCCCCACUCAAAGACUUUCUGCCUUCCCUGUAGCCCAUAGCCACACAUCAUUAAAAGGCAUUUUUUUAUGCCAGGCUGUGUAAGGGUUUACCCAGCAUAUUGGGAACAAAGCAAGAGCUAGAAUCCAGGAGACCUGGACCCCAGACUCCAGCCACUUACUGUCCAACAAACUGGAAAACUGUGUCUCCUAAGAUCUCUCCCCAGGACUGUGGGCCCCCCUGGAUAACUGUGGGCUGUAUUCAGCAUCUGGGGGAGACUCAAUAGAGAAGUUAGUGACGAUGAAGGAGCCGGCAAAGAAAGGGAAAUGGGCAAAAGAAAGUUCUUUCUUCUCAAAGAACAGUUUCUGCUGAGUUUAUGCAGAAACCUCUGAGUCAAGGGCGGGGGAGCAGAGGGCACUAUUGCAGGGGGGACCCCUCCUUCCUUGCUGUUUCAGGAGUUGUUAGUGGGUGUCCAUCCCUUGUCCCUUAUUUCGCACAGGUUAAGGAGCAGUCCAAGGAGACCAGAUCAAGCGGGAGCGCGGUGGCCCCGACGCUCCUGCAGGAGAGGGGUUGGCAGGUUAGGUCAACGCCCCCGGCAGAGCUGUAGUCUAGAUCAGGCAUGUGAUGACGGAGAGCUGCAGGAAAGAAGGGACAACUAGGAGGUCCAGUCUGAGGGAACAGGGUGUAAGUACAGCUUCUAGAACGCUGGGCAAGGUUCGUGCUUUGGUGCUGGUACAGACGAGGCUGUUCACUGGUGAAAUCGAUGCAGAGUGGUAGGGCCCAGCCCCAGGAAACCAGGCUGCUGACCUGGCUCCCCCCACCCUACCUCUAGAAACCCAGGGGGAUGGAGAAAUUCCAAGUAAGCAAAGGAUCAGACAGGAGAGGUCUGCACAGACCAAAGUAGCUUCAGGAAGCAGCCAAAUGCAGUGUCCGUCAAUGCCAGGUUCAGCGAUGGUCCAUCUACACAGAUUGGUCCCGAGUCCGUUUAGGUUAGCAUUGUGCUUGGUGUAAUAGACUCUUGACUCUGCAGGAACCAAGGUUCUGGUACAUUUUCUCAGAAUGAGCCGCCAAAUGUUCUUUUCAGUACCUGGGCUUUAUUAUAUAUACCUACUCUCAGGCACCCAGCCCCUGCAAGCCCAGGACUCAGGCCAAGGCAGAGGAUAUUUCCCCGAUUUGAGCCUCAGGAAUUUUUGCCCUCUGGCACAGCUGGACUGGCAUCCAUCCACCCCUUCACCUUCCUGUUAGUCUCUCUGCUCGAGUUCCUGAAGCUCCAGGCUCCCCGGACUCCGUUCUCUCUCGUCUAUUUUGGCUCACCUUUAUUUUCGUUUUUCCAUGUUGGUUCUAUCUUUGGGUGAAGUGUGGCUUCUUCACCUCUUGUUCCACACUGAGCUCAGGACUUAGUCUCAACAGUGGUCAUGUGGCCUUGUUGGUCAGGGUUGUCCCGUUGAGAGCCUCUCCAAUGUCCGUCUGAUCCUCCCCACGGCUGCCAGACCGCCGUCUCUCCCUACUGCAAAAGCUGAGACCACUGAAGAGCUCCCUGAACUCGUUCCAACCAGAGGAGUCACCCCAAGACUGUCAUCUGUCUGUCAUACAGAGCUGGUUUGCAUGCCCUGAGAUCAGCGAAUGGAAGAACCUUGCUCUGUAGAGAAACUGUUGUUUCUGAUGGAUUCUACAACCGGGUUCUGCGUGGCCGGCGACCCCCUAUAGCAGUGCCCUAUUGCAGCGACCACUCACCGUAUACACAGCCGAGUGCCGUGGGGAUAUUGAGAAGAAGAGAAAGACAGCCUGGUCGGGGAUCAAGGACGAGUAUGCAAACCACUGACCGGCAUGGGAAGCAGCAUGAAAUCAGUGCCAUUAGAGAGAUUCAAGCGAGAAGCACCAUGAAAUGGGCCGUUAAAUCCAUCUUGGUAAAGGAGUUCCUGACACUGAAUAUUCCUCAAAAAAGACUGUUUAAAAAAAAACAAAUUCUAUCUAUAUCUGAAAGAUGCCUUGUUUUUAAAAAUUAUCUACCCACAGUCUGCGUAUUACAGGCACAGAACCUAUAUUUCCUACCAGGACACAGGAGCUUUUUCAUAUGCACUAUUUUUUAAAACCUAGCUCUAAAUUAAAGAAAUAGAAAAUGCCACUGUUAUUCACAAAACAAAUAAUGGGUCCCUUGUUUCCAUAAUAAACUUUUAAGGGAGUUUGUUCCUAAUGGAAACUCAUUGUUACUAAAUAAAAAUCUUCUUGGGGAGGAAAAAAUUACCUUAUAUAUAAUCUACAUUGGGGAUGCAAAUUGUAGAGAAACAGACACCAAAGGAUUUGCAUGUAAUCAAAUUUAAAGCAAGUCAUCUCAGAAGCAUCACUACCAUAUACAGAAGCCUUUCCCAUCAGGAUCAGGCUUACCUUGCCAGAGACCGGGAUCCCUUAUCAAGGAAAUAUUCACCAGAUAUCCGGCAUCACUGCUAAGAAGGAAAUUCACCAGAACCAUCCAGAAUGGAAAGUGUCCCAGGAGACUACAGCAAACGCGUGUAUCAAGGCGUGCGAGUCAAGCACACGGUCAAAGAUCUACUGGCAGAAAAACGGUCCAGGCAGACAAGUAACUCAAGAUUUAAUAGCGGUGUCAGCAACCCCCAGUCUCCAUUUGCUCAGAUGCCAGGUUCACCAGUAAUGACAGGUUACUAUGGGGUCAGAAGAUCGUGCCUCUCCGACUCAGACCUCCACAACACUAAACAGUUCGCGAGCGACGUCGGCACCUCGGGGCCCGCGGCCAAGCCCUUUGCCUGCGAGGCCCCCGCAGGGCAGAGCCACCCGGGCCUCCUGGAUCCCUACUUCCCGGAGCCCUACGGGGACCACCGGCCCCCGGGCCUGACCCCCGGCACCGGCUCUCUGUUCAGCGCCUCACCCCUGCCGCCGCUCCUGCCGCCUCCUUUCCCGGGGGACCCCCCGACGCACUUCGUGCUUAGGGACUCGUGGGAGCAAACGGCGCCCGACUGUCUCAGCCAGGCCGACCCCGUGCCCACCGACACCCUGCAGAGCCUGCCACCCAGCGCAGGUUGCCUCUCCCAGCCGGAGUCAGGGAGCACCGCCCCGCACAGGAGCUCGAGCUGGGGGGUGCCCCUGGCUGGGGCUCAGUCCUACUCACUGCAUGCACUGGAGGAUCUGUACCAUGUGCCGGGGUACCCCAUGCCACCCCCCCAUCCCUUCACCCCUUUCAUGACGAUGUCCAACGACCUACCACACAAGGUGGUGCCCCUCUCCCCAGAUGAGGGGGCAGACACCGCUGGCCUUCAGGACCCUUCUUCAUGGACCAAAGAAGACGGGAGCAUGGCGUGGGGGUCAUAUGAAUGCCGCAGAGCUUACUGAGGGGCACGCCACCGGACUCCUGCCGUGCUUUUCUUUGAGCUGGGUUCGGUAUUUGACAGAUUGUUUUCAGGGUGUUUCCAGCUCAUUCGGACCUGGAUUUUCAGAAUAUGCCAUCGCGCCACCCUUUGUAAAUGGACCAUGCAUUUACUUGUAAUCCUCCCUCCCACAACCCCACUGAAAUACACGUGAUGUUAAUUCAGGAUAUCAGGGACUAUAUUCUAGUGAGACACUAGAGACUCAUGUGUUGUUGGAACUUUAGGAACGCAUUACAUUUCUGAAUUUCUGUUAUCUUUGAAAUACUUUUAGUGCUCAUAUUUUUCUUAAAUUACAUUUAAAAAGUUUGUGCAGAUCAUGAAAUAUACUGAUUUUCCUGUUCAGUUUUUCUUAGUUAUGAACUGUGUUCUGUAAUAAGAGAAAAAGCAUAGGAUAUAAUAUAGAUUAGGGCACAUAAAGCAAAACUCAUUUUAUACCAUGUGAUUUUUAAAGAGGAAAGUAUUGGGGCACCUGGGUGGCUCAGUCAUUGGAGCAUCCAACUUGAUUUUGGCUCAGGUCAUGAUCUGGGGUUGUGGAAUCAAGCCCCACGUCAGGCUCCAUGCUCAGUGCGGAAUCUGCUUGGGAUUCUCUCUCUCCCUCUUCCUCAGCCCCUCCCCCCUUUCUAAAUAAAUAAAUAAUCUUUUUUAAAAAAUUUUUUAAAAAGGGGAAAGUAUUAUAUAUGUUUCUCUCCUUUGUGACUUGUAAACCAUUUCAAAUAUAGCCCCGUAACUAAUAUAGCACGACAUAUAAACGCUUUAUGUCUUUAAAAUAGGAUGAGGUCAGGAGACUAUGGCUUCAUAAAUACAUAGCUUUGACUCUGCCCUAAAGUCUAGGAUGUCCAAAAAUGAGUCUAAUCCAAAAGCCGAUAUGGGCCCAAAACUUUCUUUGACCCAUGGUAGCCUUAAUCAAACCAGACAUUGUUUCUCUGAUGGAAAAACCUACAGUCAUCAGAGUGGGUUAGUAAAAUGGGUGUUCUAUAAUCAAAUAAGAAUAAGUAAGGAAAAUGCGGAGAACAGAACUGGGCUGUUGGCAAGAAACAACAGACCACAAAACACCAAGAAGUACGGGGGCUUUGGAGAAGGACACAUGGCCAGGUGUCAUGCAAGCACCAUGACACACAACACGUCCCAUUUGAAGGAAGACCUUGCUGGUGGCUCAUUGGUCCGAAAUAUACAGCUCUUCCCAUGUAUAAAGAAACUGACAUCUGAAGCCUCUCUCCAUCUCAUGUAAGUUUGAGCCGGCACGGAUUUCCUUUGCCAGUUGAGUUCACAAAGUAAUUCCCACCAAGAAGUGGGCCUGGCUCCAGGCCAAGCCCGUCAUAAAAGCCUCACACACACCUUGACUUUGCAGAGCACAGUCGAGGCCCACAGGUCCCACCCCACUCCUUCUACUAUUUUCCUGCCACUUUCCUUUCUAUGUUCCCAUAUUACAUUUUCCUGACCCCUCUGGUCCCUUUUGACCCAAUGCCUUUUCCUUCCAUCUCCUGGGGGCCCAUUGCUCUCAUUUUCCACCUGGUUGUCUAAAGCCACUCAAUACAGUUUCCAUCACAUCCUCUGUUACAGUGUCCCAUGCUCUACCUCAGCUAGGUAGGAGUCUAGAAAGAUCAAAUAAGGACAUUAAUUCAUACUUAGAAGUGACUAAUGGAUACUCCUCCUUGUCUGUGCCUUCAUGGAUAUUUUCUGGUGAAGCAAAUACACUCCCAAUUUAUGGAAUGCCCACAGAAAUGCUUGGAUACGGAGCCUCCUGGGAGAGCAUUCUCCAAUGGAGAUAAACUGAUGGUCCCCAGACGCUAGGCUGCCCUCUCCCAGGUCCCCUGCCCCUACUUCCUCCCUCUCACCACACCUUGUCACAGCCUGAUCUUUACUUUGCUCCAUAUUAGCUCUUCACUAGAAAGGGGCAACUUCCACUGUGGGCAAGAAAACAGCUCUUUCUUAAGUCCAGUGAGACUUGAGACCUCAGUCCCGAUCCUGGGAUCUUUGGCAGAGCCAUCUGUCAUCCAGGUCCCUGCAUCCGAAAGAAGAGAUCUGGGUCCCAAAAGCCAUUUUUCUAAAUUGGUUGUAUACAUUUCAUAAUAAUUCCAGUCAUCUGCUGUUGACCAUUGUUACAAAGUAGCAUAUAGCACAAUACUGGUGUGUAGACCAUCAAUAUGUGUCCACGUAGCUUUAACUUCUGUUUGGUUAUAAUGCUAAAUGUUAGACAUGCUCAUUUCCCUUAGUUUGCGCUUAUCUUCUCACGGGUUAUGUUCAUCUUCUCACAACCUAAGGACACACUGGCUCUUAGGUAAGGAGAGCUCAGCAACCAGACCUCAGAACAGAGGUAAAUGCAGGGAUUGCAGUGCAAUCCACAUUCUUCUUAAAGCAUCCAAGCCCUUUCACUAUGCUUCACAAAAGUGAUUUACAAGAAAGGAGACAUACACGGACCCGCACUGCAUCUAGUAUCCAUUUCAGCUACCUGGUCUAAAGGGGACAGAGGCAUGGGGAGGGGUGUUAGGAAUUCCAAGUGGUAGGGAUGAUUUUUAGGAAUUCUAGUUAGCUUGAUAAUGUGUUUCUAUAUUAUUACAUAUAUUUCAAUUUGGUUCAGGUUUAUUGUUCUGGGAAUUGACAAUACUUUGUCACAAGGUGAAACCAAGCUACAAAAUUAUGACAUGGAAAAAUAUCUAUUUCUCUCCCACUCAAGUAUGCUCUCUGUCCCUCUGCAUGCUGGGGACUUAAUGCAUCUGGUCAUAAUAAUGCAUAAUGCCAGCAUCAGAAAAAAAAAAAUGUGCAUCCUCCUCUUCCUUUCCUUCCUUAAACCUGCUGUCCUCAGGCUCAUAACUUUCCUGGGGAAAGCAGGAAAAAUUAGAGAACUCAGGUUCAAAACACUAUCUCCUUUAGGUCCUUUAAGGUUGAAGGUAAGCAGAGACGAUGAUGGCAAGUUCAAGUUACCCAAGAAAGCUGGCUAGAUAAUAAUGUCAAGAAGAACCAGAAAGUGAAUUUGCCCCUGCGAAAACUGCAGUAUACACAAUCCUCCCUGAAAGCACUGGAAACAGACAUUAACAGCAUGUAGUUGAGAGUGUUUGUGCUCUCUUAUAAUGUUAUGCAAAUCCCAGAGAAUGAAAGAAAACCACAUCUUUACCUAGUUUGUUUUAUAAAUGCUCUUAAAUGAGCAGUGUGACUUGCUACACCUCGGUUAAUAAUAGAAUAUAAUGGUACUAUUGUGGUAGGGGAGGAAAUACUCUAGUACUCUAAAGUACUAGAAUUCUCUACAAGAAAUUCCACAAAGGGAAAAGAAUUCCAAAUCCCAAUAGAAAAUAUACAUGUACAUACGUAGAGAUGUACCCACACACAUAGACAUAUAUAUAUAUAUGUAUUACUAGUUGAGCACCUGGGUGGCUCAGUCAGUUAAGCGUCUGCCUUCAGCUCAGGUCAUGAUCCCAGGGUCAGGCUCCCUGCUCAGAGGGCAGUUUGCUUUUCCCUCUGCCCCUCCCCUCACUUGUCCUUGUGCUCUCACAAUCUCUUCUCCCAUCUGACUUCUCUCUCUCUCUCUAGUAAAAAUAAAUAAAAUCUUUAAAAAAUAAGUAUUACUCGUAUCUUUGUGCUCCUUUUUUAAAUAUGUAAAUCUCAAUAAUACAUUCACAAGAAAUAAAACAUCAGUAACACAUAAAAAGCCGAAAUGACUAUUGAUGGAUCCAAGGUUUAAAUCACCUUAACAUUAUAGUGAUUCUACCAACCACAUGCCAAAAUCAUACUUUCUUUAGGUUCUAUCUUUGGGUUCUGUCUCAAGUUUCCUUUCUUUUCAAAACAUUACACUGUUCCUUUACAGACCAUAUUCAAUAAGGACUGACCCUAGAGAGCCUAAAUGCGAAAUCAACCACUCUAGCUAAAGAGUCUCUGACCAAACUCAUCAAGCGAGGACUCACGAAUGGCUCAGACAUGUGUAUCCAGCAUCUGGCUUAGUGCCCAGCAUGUUAUAGGUGCUCAGUAAAAUCUUCGUUAAAUUGAACUAAAAUUAUGCCACAAAAAUGAUUAACUCUUUAGACUCUGACUCUAGGGGCAACAUCUCUCUGAGACUGAUGUGUAAGAAAACCCUGCCAUGUUUAGUAUUUCACAUUAGCCAUAGUCUCUGCAAAUUUUAAUAGUAGUAGUGGUAAUAUAUUUAAGAUGAUUGGCUUAGUAUUUUUAAAUGUCUCUAAGAAGGAAUCCUACUGAACUUUGACGUAGCACAGAAAAAUGUUUGUAUAUUCGUUUAGUAUCUACAUGUACUAUAAUAUGUUCCUAGGAAAUCUCAUACAUAAAAGUUAUUCAAAGCUGGGUGUUAUCUCUGGUGUGAUUAAAACAAAUAUGAUAAAUAGAUAUGGAACUAGAAUCCCUAAAGAUCAGGCUAAAUAAAUAAUAAGAAAAUCUUCUAAUAUUAUGACACCAUGUUAUCUUUGAUCUUUGAUACAGAAAGAUCUACUCUUAGCCUCUGAUAAAUAAGAUGUGUGGGUUUGCAAUAUGCACUCUCAUUGUUAGUAUAUUAUAGGCCAAAAGAGGAGGACAGUAAAAAAUCUUUACAAGUUCGAAAGGGAAGAAAAUGUGGACAAAACAAAUAAUAUUUAAGAAUUAGCUCUUUUGCAUUAGGAAAGCUGAUAAAUAUCCCUACGGACUUUCUACCUAACGAAAUAUCUUGAGUGGAAUAAUCCAGAAGUUUAAUGCUUAGUAAAUGAAUUUAGUCAUAAAUGAAAGAUCACUCAAUUUUUUUUCUUUCUUAACCUUGGUAAUAUAUUCAUAGGCUUUUAUCACAGUCAUCUUUAUAUG